UAUUUUAAUAAUUUAUCAUAUCGUUAUAGGUAUUAGGUAGUUAAGAAAAUAUAAAUUAUAAUGUACUGGAUUAAAAUUUAAAAAUUAAAACGUCUAUUCAGCUCAUUGCUAUAUUUUGAUUAUCGAUUAAUAAUCGUCAGUGAUCUAGUAUAUUAGACAAAAAAAUAUUGUAAUUUAUUCGAAAAUCAUGAACACGAUAACACUAUAAUACGUUCUGUCGGGCUACAUACACAAAUUAAAUCAUAGGCCAUACCAAAUGAAGAUAAAAUAUAUUAAUUUUGCUGAGUGGACGACAAAAUCAUCAUAUGGCUUUUAUAAACGAUUUUGAUUUUUGUUUCACCAUGCAAACAGUAUCUAAACUGCCUAUCAAGAGUAUGUUCAAGAUGUGGUAGUCAAUGGGAGCCAUAAACGAUUAAAAAUGGUAGACCCAAACACUAAUGAUGAAGAAACUCUAGUCGAAGACUCUUCAAUAAUUACAUCAUUUUCAAAAAUCAGUACUGCUCUCUUCUAUGCCGCUGCGUCAAUGUUGAUCACUGUAGUAAAUAAAUCCGUUUUAACAAGUUACGGGUUUCCGUCCUUCCAGUUUCUAGCCAUUUGCCAAAUGUUUAUGACAAUUUUUGUGCUGUUUACAGCCAAAAGUCUUGGAAAACUAAAAUUUCCAGACUUAAAUAGGCACACCUUUAAAGAUACGUUUCCAAUGCCUCUGAUAUAUUUAGGUAACAUGGAGUUUGGUUUGGGCGGAACCAAAGAAUUAAGCUUGCCCAUGUUCACCAUGUUGAGACGUUUCUCUAUACUGAUAACCAUGUUGGGUGAAUACUAUUUGCUCAACAUUAGGCCCAAGUUCUCUGUCAAGAUAUCGGUUGGCAUGAUGGUCUCUGGUGCUGUUAUAGCAGCAAGUAACGAUCUGGGAUUCAAUUUCAAUGGAUACAUGUUUGUACUGUUUAAUGAUUUCCUGACAGCCGCAAAUGGAGUAUUCACAAAGAAAAAAUUAAACUCCAAAAAAGAAAUGGGCAAAUACGGACUUAUGUAUUACUCAUCAUUGUUCAUGAUACCACCCGCUUUAAUAUUGUUGUAUUUUUCGGGUGAUCUAGAUAAAGUAUACAGAUUCAGUUAUUGGUUGCAUACACCAUUUUUAAUCCAAAUUUUCAUCUCAUCUAUAAUGGGCUUUAUUUUAAAUUAUAGCAUAAUGUUGUGUACUCAGUACAAUUCAGCUUUGACGACAACAAUAAUCGGAUGUCUUAAAAAUAUAUUUGUCACUUAUAUGGGCAUGUUUAUCGGUGGUGACUAUGUGUACACAUUGAAUAAUUUCAUUGGCAUCAAUAUCAGUGUUAUUGGUAGUCUUUUUUACACUUAUGUCACAUUCAGACCAUCUGCACCAUCUCAAAUAAAGUUGCCAAAUACUAUUAAUAUAUAAAACUAUGAUUUAUACAAUAUUGUCUGAUUUACAUCAAAUUAAAAUAUGUAUUAAUUAUUAUUUAUAAUACUAGUUACCCUUUAAAUUAUCGUGUAUUUUACUUGAACAAGAACAAUAUAUUUGUUACUUUUUGUCUAUUGUUGGUAAUAAAUUGUAAUAUUUUAUUUUAUUAAGUUUAAACGAGAACAAAUGUGAUUGGACUUACUAUUUAUAAUUUAUUUAUAUAUAUAUAUAUAUAUUUAUUUGCAGAUAAUAAAAAUAUAAAUAUUUUUAAU